ACUGUCACACAAGUGGUCUGCUUGGACCCCAAUACUCCAGUCUCAGAAGACAAGAUCCGGUUUGUGUGUCUGUCAGACACACACGGCAGAGUGGAGACACUGGACAACUUUGUGCCUUCUGGCGAUGUCCUCCUGCAUGCUGGCGACUUCACAGAGUUGGGCCUGCCCAAGGAGAUCCAGAAGUUUAAUGACUUCUUAGGUCGCCUGCCCCACAAGGUGAAGGUUGUGAUAGCUGGAAACCAUGAGCUUACACUUGAUGAUGACAUGGUCAAGGAGAAACUCAACAGACUGAGUUACUGCUGCGAUGCCGAGAAAGAAAAUGUGGAAGAUUACUUAGAGGAAGCUGGUGUGUCAUCCUCCCGAGAAUUGUUGACCAACUGUAUUUACUUGUUAGAUUCCUCCAUCAGAGUUUGUGGAGUCCAGAUUUAUGGUUCCCCGUGGCAACCAGAGUUUUGUGGAUGGGCGUUUAACCUGAAGAGGGGAGCUGCCUGUUUGGACAAGUGGAACAAGAUCCCAGAAGACACAGAUAUACUGAUGACACACGGCCCACCUGUUGGCUAUGGGGACCUGUGCCGUAACAAUGUCAGGGCUGGCUGUGUGGAACUUCUGCACACCAUACAGCACCGUGUCAGACCACAGUACCACUUGUUUGGGCACAUUCAUGAAGAUUACGGGGUAACCACUGAUGGCCAGACAACCUUUAUCAACGGCUCCAACUGCACUCUGCGAUACAAACCUGACAACCGGCCAAUAGUCUUUGACUUCCCAAUCCCAGACGGACAUUUGAAAUCUGAACUGUAUCAACUGCCAGUCAACAACCUUUAG